ACUUUAUUACACUGGUGAACCAGAAAGCUUGAAGAAGAGAAAAAUGGAGGCGGCCAGUUUCACUUCUGCUUCAUCAACGACGACACCGGUUUCAUCUUAUUCCUCCACUUCUCAGUCUCUCCGUUUCCUACGUUACAAGCCUAAUGCGAAACCUCUGAAUUACAAAUCUUCCAGAAGCUUCUCAGUCCGCGCUUCCGCCACCGGUGCCGAUGAUUCUGUGGUAACUGUACUUGAUUAUGGUGCUGGCAAUGUGCGGAGUCUCAGGAAUGCAAUUAAACAUCUCGGUUUCGACAUCAAAGAUGUCCAAACACCAGAGGACAUUUUGAAAGCAAAACGACUCAUUUUUCCUGGAGUUGGUGCUUUUGCUCCUGCCAUGGAUGUGCUAAACAAGAAGGGAAUGGCUGAAGCACUUUGUGCUUACAUUGAGCAAGAUCGCCCAUUCCUAGGCAUUUGUCUUGGACUGCAGCUACUUUUUGAGUCAAGUGAAGAAAAUGGACCAGUAAAGGGUCUAGGUUUGAUUCCUGGAGUAGUUGGACGUUUUGACUCUUCUAAAGGGAUCAGAGUACCUCACAUUGGCUGGAAUGCACUUAAAAUAGCAAAAGAUACUCAAAUUUUGGAUGACGUUGGAAAUUCACAUGUCUAUUUCGUACAUUCUUAUCGGGCAAUGCCGUCAGAUGAAAAUAGAGAGUGGAUAUCAUCGACCUGCAAGUACGGUGACGAUUUCAUAGCAUCCAUUCAGAAGGGAAAUGUCCAUGCAGUUCAGUUUCAUCCUGAGAAGAGUGGUGAUGUUGGCCUUUCUAUAUUGAGGAGGUUCUUGAAUCCAAAAUCCGGGAGAACACAGAAGCUAGUCCAAGGGAAUGCCUCUAAACUUGCAAAACGGGUUAUUGCAUGUCUUGAUGUGAGGACAAAUGAUAAGGGUGACUUGGUUGUAACCAAAGGAGACCAAUACGAUGUUAGAGAGAAUACAAAAGAAAAUGAGGUGAGAAACCUUGGCAAGCCCGUGGAUCUUGCUGGACAGUAUUACAAGGAUGGGGCAGAUGAGGUCAGCUUUUUAAAUAUUACUGCUUUCCGAGACUUCCCCUUGGGCGAUCUGCCAAUGUUGCAGGUAUUGAGGUAUGCAUCAGAGAAUGUUUUUGUGCCAUUAACCGUUGGAGGUGGUAUUAGAGACUUCAAAGAUGCGAAUGGCAGAUACUACUCUAGUUUGGAAGUUGCUUCAGAGUAUUUUCGUUCUGGGGCAGACAAAAUUUCUAUUGGAAGUGAUGCUGUUUAUGCUGCGGAAGAAUACUUAAAAUCUGGAGUGAAAACUGGAAAGAGCAGUCUAGAGCAGAUCUCUCGAGUUUAUGGAAAUCAGGCAGUAGUUGUAAGCAUUGAUCCUCGAAGGGUGUACGUAAAGGACCCCAAGGCUGUGGAAUUCAGGACUGUGAAAGUGAGAAACCCAGGUCCAAAUGGAGAAGAAUAUGCAUGGUACCAGUGCACGGUGAGUGGUGGGAGAGAAGGCCGCCCUAUUGGAGCUUAUGAGCUUGCGAAAGCUGUUGAGGAAUUAGGAGCUGGGGAGAUACUGCUAAACUGCAUUGAUUGUGAUGGUCAAGGAAAGGGAUUUGAUAUAGACCUAAUUAAGUUGAUUUCAGAUGCUGUAAGCAUUCCUGUGAUUGCAAGCAGUGGAGCUGGAGCUGUUGAACACUUUACAGAGGUCUUCAGAGAAACAAACGCUUCUGCUGCCCUUGCUGCUGGAAUUUUCCAUAGGAAGGAGGUUCCGAUCCAAGCUGUGAAAGAGCACCUGUCAGAGGAAGGCAUAGAAGUUAGAAUGUAACCACAUUUUUGCUAUCGAGCAACUCGAUAUGCAGUCCUAUCCUCUGCCACUCCUUGUUACUUGAUGUUUAUACCAUUGACUAUCAGUUUCUUUUAUCUUGUUGCUGCAAACGAAGCAUUUUUCAAUAUCUUGCACUUGUAGCCUCGUGCCAUUUUUGAACAGAUUAUUAUGUAAAAUUAUAUUGCUAAAUUAUUUGUGUACACUUUAUGCAGUAUAUCAGUUUUUACUAGGACA